GUGUGGCCGCUCCGCGCAGCCCGAUCCCGGCGGGGGUGUGUCCGCGCCUGCGCAGCAGUGUGCUCAUGUUGUUGAUGUCCCGGCGGCCGCAGUCGGUCCUGGUCGGUUCCCGGCGCUCGGAGCGGCUGAACUGCCCGGCCCAUCCCCGCCCCGCUGGGCCCGGCCCCGACCGCGGGCACCUGCAGCGCCCGAGUCCUUGGGGCGAGCGCGUAGAGGCAGCAAGCGGCUCCUGCCCAUGAGGGCCUGAUGGAAAACACAAAGGAGCUGAGUCUCCCCUCUUGUGUGAAACCCCCUGGGGAAGAGGCUAUGGACAAAACCAUUGACAAACAGCAGAAACUGGCUUCAGACAAAAUGCUGUCAUACAUAGCAAAUGAAGAGACAGGAAAAAACAUUUCUGUACUUUUCCAGCAGAGAUUUUACUUAUAAUAAGAGUGGAAGGCACAUUUCCAGAUAGAGACAGAACAUAGUUCGCGAGUGGAAAGGAAACACCGAGACUCGUUCGGGAUGUUUGACGGUUAUGAUAGUUGUAGUGAGGACACCAGCAGCAGCUCCAGUUCAGAUGAAAGUGAGGAAGAGGUUGCUCCUUUGCCAUCCAGUCUCCCAAUUAUCAAGAACAAUGGUCAAGUUUAUACUUAUCCAGAUGGCAAAUCUGGCAUGGCUACGUGUGAGAUGUGUGGGAUGGUUGGUGUCCGGGAUGCUUUUUACUCUAAAACCAAGCGCUUCUGCAGUGUGUCGUGCUCCAGAAGCUAUUCCUCCAACUCCAAGAAGGCCAGCAUUCUGGCCAGGCUUCAGGUAGCGGGUAAACCUCCAACAAAGAAGGCUAAAGUUCUACAAAAACAGCCCUUAGUGGCUAAAUUAGCAGCGUAUGCCCAGUACCAAGCAACUUUACAAAACCAGGCAAAGACAAAAACAGCAGCUGUCCCUGUGGAAGGUUUCAGCUGGGGUAACUACAUCAAUAGUAAUAGCUUUACAGCAGCUCCUGUUACCUGCUUUAAACACGCACCGAUGGGGACUUGCUGGGGUGAUAUUGCAGAAGGAGUACGAGUGGAGGUUCCAAACACUGACUGCAGCCUACCUACCAAAGUCUUCUGGAUAGCUGGAAUUGUAAAAUUAGCAGGCUACAAUGCUCUGCUGAGAUAUGAAGGAUUUGAAAAUGAUUCAAGUCUUGACUUCUGGUGCAACAUUUGUGGGUCUGACAUCCACCCAGUUGGUUGGUGUGCAACCAGUGGGAAGCCCUUAGUUCCUCCUCGCAGCAUCCAACACAAAUACACAAACUGGAAAGCUUUUCUAGUGAAACGACUUACUGGUGCCAAAACACUUCCUCCUGACUUUUCUCAGAAGGUGUCUGAGAGUAUGCAGUACCCGUUCAAAACUUCCAUGAGGGUAGAAGUAGUGGACAAGACGCACCUCUGCCGGACAAGGGUGGCAGUGGUGGAUAGUGUUGUUGGGGGCCGCCUGAGAUUGGUGUAUGAAGAGAGUGAGGACAAAACUGAUGACUUCUGGUGCCAUAUGUACAGCCCACUCAUUCAUCAUAUUGGCUGGUCUCGAAGUGUAGGACACAGGUUCAAAAGAUCUGAUAUUACAAAGAAACAAGAUGGACAUUUUGAUGCACCCCCACACUUAUUUAUGAAGGUAAAAGAGGUUGAUGCAGCUGGAGAGUGGUUUAAAGAAGGAAUGAAAUUGGAAGCUAUAGACCCCCUAAACCUUUCAGCAAUAUGUGUGGCAACUAUCAGAAAGGUAUUAGCAGAUGGCUAUCUUAUGAUUGGGAUUGAUGGCUCAGAAGCAGCAGAUGGGUCUGAUUGGUUUUGUUACCAUGCCACUUCCCCUUCUAUUUUCCCUGUUGGUUUCUGUGAAAUUAACAUGAUUGAACUAACUCCACCCAGAGGUUAUGCAAAACUCCCUUUUAAAUGGUUUGACUACCUCAGGGAAACUGACUCAAUAGCUGCACCAGUAAAGCUCUUCAAUAAGGAAGUUCCAAACCAUGGGUUUCAUGUUGGCAUGAAACUGGAGGCAGUAGAUCUGAUGGAGCCUCGCCUGGUGUGUGUGGCCACAGUAACGCGCAUUAUUCACCGGCUUCUGAGGAUACACUUUGAUGGGUGGGAAGAUGAAUAUGAUCAGUGGGUGGAUUGUGAGUCCCCAGAUCUGUAUCCUGUGGGAUGGUGUCAGCUCACUGGAUACCAGCUCCAGCCUCCAGCGCUGCAGUCAUCAAGAGAUAGCCAGUCAAGUUCAUCCAAACAGAAGAAAAAAGCUAAAUCACAACAGUACAAAGGACAUAAGAAAAUGACUUCAUUACAGCUGAAGGAGGAGUUGCUGGAUGGAGAGGAGUACAGCUUCCUGCAGGGAACGUCUGACCAGGAAAGCAACGGCUCCGCCAGCUAUUACAUCAAACAGGAACCCUGAGGCAGCUCCCAGGAGUGAGGGGCACAGCACUGGUGAUAGGAAAAGAACCUUUCACCAAAACUGACUGAUUCUGUUCCCACUUGGAUGGUGCAGUUAAGGUGACUGUGCCUGGGGCGCUUUGCUAAAUGUAGAUGAAUUAGACUCAGUUCAGAAAUUUUUGGAAGGGCGUGGAAACUAUUUUAGUGAAAAAGAUUUUUCAAUUUAUUAAAAACAAAAACAAAGGACACUUUUGUGUUGUAUUUGAAGCUUUUGAAAGAAUUUUGUAAUAUUUUCAAGUUCAGAUUUAUUGUGCAUUGUUGACAAGAACUGAAAUUCUAGUUUUUUUGUAAGAUUAAACUUUAUUUAGCAUGAUUGUGGGAAACAGUUGGAGGAAGAUAUAGUUGCAAAUACAAAUGAACUGUCAUAACAAAUGAACCUUUUUGGUACAAGUUGGGAGACUGUUAGACUCUUGUGAACUGCACUGGUCAUGUCUCUGUUUUUUUAAUUGUGGAAAUAAGGCUUUAAAGCCCGAAUUUAAAGGCAAAAAUUAUAUACGGAAGACAGUCCUGUAAAGCUCUACUCAGUGAGUAGCCCCAAGUGCAACGGAGCCAUCGCCUGAGGAAGAUUUUACAUUUUCAAGGUGUUUUUAUUUAGUUUAAAAUACCCUUUUUUAUAUAAGGUUUUUGGUUUUUUUAACAUUUUUUAGGGGCUGAUUCAGUGCCCAUUAAUAUCAGUAGCCUUGUCUCCACCGACUGCAGUGGGCAUUGGAUUGGAUCUAUAAAGCUCUUGUCUGUAUAUGAAUGUCUGUAGUCUUGGCAUGCUUCAGCAAAUGUUUACAGAGCCCUAUACCAAACUGGAACUUCAGAAAAUUCUGUGAUUGGAAGUUGUAGCUCUGAAUUUUGACUGAAGAAGCAGCCUAGGUGGAGAGUCACUAAGGAUUCCCUUGGUAGUGGGAAGGAACUUGUGAGUAUUCUUGUGAUUUUUUUCCCCCAUUCAGAAAGCCCUAAAUGUUUCUUUACCAUCUUAAAUAUUUAUCUGUGAUCAUUCAGAUGAUGUGCCACAUGGUUUCAGGUGACCUGAAAGGAGCCCUACAUUGUGGAUUAAAAAUUAGUUCAGUCCUGCAUAACCUGCAAUAUUCAUGUCUUGCUGCAAUAGUGUAACACAGGAGUUGAGAACAGUAUCAAAAUCACAUGGUUUUAGUCUAUAGUUCAGCAACUGGAUUUGCCUAUUGCCUGGAAUUCUUGUCUCAUGUCAAGCAUCCCAUUGCACCCCAACUGGUCAACUUCCAGAUUUUUACAAGGCAAAAGUCACAUAAAAGGGUGAAAAUUAUGAGCAUUUAAGCACAAAGUAUUUUUGCAGGAGCUUUUAAUAAUUUGGAUUUUAUCCUUCCAUAUUUUAAACUUUUGUAUAUUUUUGUAAAUGGAGUUGAUGAGUGAGGUGGUUGAUCAGCCCUACAGAGCUGUGACUGGAAGAAUGUGCAUCAAGAGCUUUAGCUUUCACCGGUAAGGUUCAUUAACUAAACUCUCAGGAAUUAUAAGUUCUGUAAGUGCUUCUGGGUCUUCACAGGUCCCCUUCAGAGCAGUACAAUGAUCAUCUGACUCUUGACCAGAAAUUAAGGCUUAAAAAAAAUUGAUCAAAAAUUAUUAACAUCUGUAUCCUACAGCCCAAUAAAUGUUUUAAGGAUAUCAACCCACAGAGCCCCAGGAGAACAUUUUUUUUUUGUAUAUUAUUGUUUGAGCUUAAAAAAAAAAAGUGCAUAGAAAGUUGAAAACCAGCAAUUUGAUUAUUUUCUAACAUACCGCUCCAACUUUGGGUACAUAGUAUUGGUGAUAUACACAGGUUUACCUCAUUCUAUGCAAGGGGGGUUAAUUAUGUAAAGUUUUGUAUUUACUACAGGAAGUAAGGCAUGUGCUGUAUAGUGUAGGAAUGUCUGGAAUUCUUUCCUCCCUUACUGGUAAAAUUUCUUAAAUUACGACCUGUUUUCAACAACAGCUUCUAUUUACAGAAUCGGUCAAUCUGAUUACAAGAAUCUAUAACUUCAGGUGGUAAAGGCAUUUUAGCACUCUAAAAUAGCCAUUAAAAGGACUUUGUUGGACCUGGUAGUCUUAAAAUAGGUUAUCUCAGAUUCUGACCCACCCAUGAUGUUUAUUUUGAACAUCAAAAUAGACAACAGCCUAGAUUGGAGAACUAGGAUUAGAGACCAUUGUAGUGACAGUUUGAGCCUUGCUUGUUUUCCUGUGUUCUCAAUUUAAUCUGCUGUAAAAUCCAGCUCUGCAAGCAUUGAUUUCAUUUGGUAAGUAUAGCACUAUUGAUUUUUUUUUUUUAAUGCAACAACUUGCAGGUUGUCCCAUCAGCUGGAACAAGGUUCUCACAGUCUUGCUUUCUUCUCUCAUCAACAGCUUCUGACUUCAGUAGAAAAACUGUUGCAUUAAUUAGUGUGUCAUAAUGUAGAGAGAGGGUUGGGCUAGUUAAUGAGUGAGGUGCAUUGCCCGGUCACUAAACUGAGUAUUGCCCUGGCUCAUCUCUGAUUUCAGAGUCAGUCUUCAAAUGUCAAGAGGGAAAAUUAGUGCUUAACACACUUCCUGUGUUGGGAGAAUUAUAAGAAUCUGUCCUAAAGUCUGUCAGUCUUUAUAAUAUUCUGUUAUUCAUCAAACACUAAAGUCUGUGAGGUGAUCUGUGUUCUCAGGUACCUGUGUGACUUCAGCAGUUGGUGAAAUGCCUUUUGUGUCUCUGGGUUCAUAAUAUGCCUCAGUUGUGUAAUUGUCAAGUACAGUGAUAUCUGUGCUAAGCAAACCACGGAAGGAGCUGCUGGAAGUCACUUGCUGAGGAGCAGCUCAGGGAAAACCUGAGCAAGGUGCUACCAGGGAUGUGGUCCCCAGAGAACCUGAGGGGUGUCCCUGUGGCAGCUCCCUGGCUUUGCAAAGCAUUCCUGUGGCUCUGGGAUGUUUCUCAUGGCUUUCAAGCUGUGGUACCUGCCAGAGGGAGCAGCAAAUGCUGGACACCUAAAACCUUCAAUGGGGUUGGACUAAUGCUGGCAUUUGGCACAGCAGGUUUUUCUGACCGUGAGGCAGCCCAAGCCCUGUCCCUGACUUGGCUGCUGUCCUUCUUGUUCCAGAUCUCUCUGCUGAUCUUUGAUUAUUACAUUAUUUUCAGUAGAACUCUCUAACCUGUUCCUUGCUGCAUCUGAGGAAAGCUACAGCAGUUGCUGAUUUCUUGUUCUAUGGAUGCUAACACGGGUUUCAGUGUUUGUUUUGGGUUUUUUAUUGUUGUUUUCUGUGAUGUGAAUACCCUCCCUCAAUCUUUGUAUGAUGGUGCUAAUACAUUUGGUAACAAUCCUUUAUUGGGAAGGGAUUUUUAAAAACUGUGAUUUCAGCUGAAUUUUUCUUCCUUUUGAUUUUUUUUCAUAUUUAAAAUGAAAAGCCACAGCCAUUUAUACAAAAAAGUCAACAGCUUUGGCCCCUGGGAAAAUGUUGGGGCAAGAAUCAAGAAUAAACAAAUGGAUUUUUACAUAAUUUCUGUAUGUAUUUGAUAUAUAGAUCAAUAUCUGUACAAAUUUAAUCUUUUAUUUUCUUGGUAAUUUGUGUGGUCAGUGAGGGAGUAUUUAAAGCUUUCUCAUGCAAUGUACAUAACUCAGUGAAAAAAUGCUUUUGGAAAAAUUAAUGUUACUUUCAUUUUUACAAGACUGCCGAUUUUCAGCAUGGAUGUGAAAAGCAUUAAAAUCAUAACUUUGUGUACAAGAUGAAAAUAAUUCACUAAAUUUGCCUUUUUUACACAAAAUAAAACUGAUUAAAAGUC